UAGCUAGCUAAUAGCUUGUUAGCUAACCACUGUUAGCUGUGGCUGAAUUAGCUUGCUUGGGAAGAGUUGUUUUGAUAAAAAAAGAGAGGAUGCUUUGGCUUGGUUUCAUGUCUGCCUCAGGCGUACGUGUGGUUACAUGCACAGUUAACCACCAGGUUGGCGUAUUAUCUUAAGAUAAUGAGAGGAGUUAGCACAAUUAGCUCCUGGCCCCACCUUAGUGGUAGCCGGUGAUGUAGGUUAGUGCAGGUGGGUGUUUUCCACUGGACAAAGUUACUGACCUUCUGUUGCGUUAAAGCUGCUCUGUGUACAAUACAAGCUAUCAUACCAUGCAAUCCCUCAACAGGUAGAGAUGCUAACAUGCCUUCAGAGUGAGGAGGAAAUGACCCAGCUGAGUGUCCGUCGCUGGACGCCCAAACACGUCGCCAAGUGGCUGAGGGAAGAAGGCUUCUGUGACUAUGUGGACCUGCUGUGUAACAAGCACCGACUGGAUGGCACCAGUCUGCUUGCCCUCAGCGAGUAUGACCUCCGCUCGCCACCUCUGGAGCUCAAGGUGCUGGGGGACAUCAAGCGUCUGAUGGUGUCUAUUCGCAAACUACAGAAACAGAACAUUGACGUGUUGGAGGAGCUGGGUCUUCCCUUCGACGGCCACUCUCCCACAGGCUCAGGAGGCAGUUUGGACUGGUUGUGUAAUGGAGACCCAGGUAGAGACUGUGACAGCACUGACACUGCACCAGUGGGAGAGGAGUAUCACCAGUACACUAAUGGGAAGUACAAACAGCAGACGAGGCGCCUGGAUCCAGAGUACUGGAAGACAGCACUUAGCUCCAUCUACGUGGUGUUUGUGUUUGGCUUCACCUCCUUUGUCAUGGUCAUAGUGCAUGAGAGGGUGCCUGACAUGCGCACAUACCCUCCACUGCCAGAUAUUUUCCUAGACAGUGUGCCUAGAAUACCUUGGGCCUUUGCCAUGGCUGAAGCAUGUGGAGUGAUCCUCUGUAAUGUCUGGUUGCUGGUUCUAUUGCUCCAUAAACACAGGUCUAUCCUUUUGCGGCGCAUGUGCAGCCUCAUGGGGACGGUGUUCAUGCUCCGCUGCAUCACCAUGUUUGUCACCUCCCUGUCUGUGCCGGGACAACACCUGCAAUGCUCAGGAAAGAUGUAUGGUGACAUGUGGGCCAAGCUGCAGCGAGCUGUGGCCAUCUGGAGCGGUUUCGGGAUGACGCUGACGGGAGUGCAUACAUGUGGUGACUACAUGUUCAGCGGCCACACUGUGGUCAUUACCCUGCUCAACUUCUUUGUCACAGAGUACACCCCACGAAGCUGGAACUUCAUUCACACGUUGUCCUGGGUCCUGAAUCUCUUCGGCAUCUUCUUCAUCUUGGCUGCACAUGAACACUACUCCAUUGAUGUGUUCAUAGCCUUCUACAUCACUACCAGACUCUUCCUCUACUACCACACUCUAGCCAACACCCGGGCCUACCAGCAGAGUCGAAGAGCUCGCAUCUGGUUCCCCAUGUUCUCGUUCUUUGAGUGCAAUGUCAACGGGCCCGUCCCCAACGAGUACUGCUGGCCCUUCUCUAGACCUGCUGUGAUGAGGAGGCUUAUUGGAUAGUGAGCAGCAGCAGCAGCAGUACUGUCAGACACUUCUUAGCCUGUGCGGUUUAGUCUGCUUUGUCAAGUUGCCAACUGAGGCGGUGUGUGAUAUCUUCAUCAACAAAGACUUCUGUUGUGAUCCUGUUAGCACCGAGGCCUGAUGGGAUACACAGAGCCAUACCUUCUUAUAUUCUGGGACUUAUCUUCAAACCUGCUUCCUCUGUCAUCAUUUUUAGGCGGAUUAAACGAAAUCCACAAAACCAUACAGAAUUUCUAAAAAGCCCCAUCGACACUCUUUGCUCGACUUUGAAAAGUGAACACAGCGGAGAUAUGUUUCAUUCAACGGUUGCUUAUUUGUCCUAGGAAUAGGAAUGUCAUUUUAUGUAGCAUAAAGUGCAUUUAUCAGUACCUCCCGACUUUAAGAGAUGGUUCAGAUUUUUUUAAGUUGGGUUGUAUGAGGUACUUAUCCAUAGUCAGUGUAUUAACUAAAGUAGAUGCCCCCCCCCCAGGUUGGAGACCCAGACAAGAGUACUGACACGGAAGCUAAGCAAUACAAUUCUGUGGACAAAGGCAGCAGGAAAACGUGUUUUAGCCACCUGAAAAAAAAGGCCCACCUAAAACAAUCAAUAUCAGACUAGGUGUAUGUUACAUUUGUAUUAUUUUCACCGGUUUACCUUGCUGUUAGCCAACCCCUUCUGACAGGGAACUAAAGCUGUUGUUUUGCUCUCUUCAAGGCCACCAGACUCCUUUGACAAAAUCAGUAAUUUUACCUCACAGAACACAGGAGUUGCUGGUCUACCCCUGCCUUGAUUAGCGAGACUUUUUUUUGUCAUUGUCUGACUUCAGUGUUUUAAAGAGUUAAGGCCUUUGCACACUGAGUAUGUUUGUUUCAGAUCCAUUUUUUUAAUUUAAAAAAAUCGUUAUGUACACUGAUUCUGAUGCGUUUUAUUGUUCUAUUCGUUGUGAAAAUUCACAACACGUGACAAAGUGAAAAGACACAUUUCCUCCUUUGUCUCUCAACUGAAGUCACCUAUCUGGCCGUCCAUUUGGCACCACAACUGCACCAAGUGGUGGAGCUGUCCUUCCUCUCUCCUCCACAUUCCGUGUGCGGUCCACAUCCUCCUCCUCGUCAUUAUCCCCUUGAAUAUUACGAUCUGACCUGUUGAACGUGAGCUAUCUGAGUUAUGAAAUGAUUCUGUGCGCCCCGUUCCUCUGUCUUGUGGCUGUGUCCCGCCGCCACAUUUUCUUCAGUAAUUCUUGGUCAAACGUCUGUAAAGGCUUCUGACGGACACAAAAAAAUGUAGAAAAUUAAAUUGUUCUGAAAAUUUUAAAGACAGACAAAACUUUUGGACUCAUUGUGCAAACGUGAUUGACACUGUGAAUUUGUCUUUAUUUUCUUAAGAUGUGUGACAAUUUUGGACGAAAAAAAAACCCAGACUCUGUGUGCAAAGGCCUUUAGUUAGGCUUCACCGGUGUCACUCAAUAACACUAACUAACCAACCGAUUAAGGCAGCGGUAGACCAGCAAUUCCUGUGUUCUGUGAGGUAAAAUUACUGCUUUUGUCAAAGGAGUCUGGUGGCUUUGCAGAGAGAUCAUAGAUGGAUAUGACGGCUUCAGUUCCAUGUCAGAAGGGGCUGCCAGGUGAAGCUGUGAAAAUCUUCUAAAUACAAAGUAUACUUAAACUGAUAUUGAUUUUUUUUUAAGUGGUUAAAAGAAGUUUAGCUGCUGCCCCUGUCCACAGCAGUACAUUGCUUAGCUUCUGUGGCCGUACUCCUGCCUGCUUCUCCAAACUGAGGGUGUGCCGACUGCAGGUAAUACACUGACUAUGGAUACAUACCUCACACGACUCUGCCUCAAAAAUCCGAUCUAUCCCUUUAAGAAUAUUUACAUAACACAUGAUAACAUAAAGCCACAUCAGAAAACUCUCAGGCAGCGGUGUACCUAACCCUUCACAGCAGUUUGCCAUUUUCUGUGCAAUUAAAACACCUGAUCAUUUCAAGGUUUGUAUCCGGAUUCAUGACUGACAGUUUUGUCUUACCUCCCACUUUGUAAUGUAUCAAAGAAUAACUCUAUGGACCACUGUUAAAGCAAUAUGUAAAGAUCUACCUUACACUGUUGCUUUGUUUCUGUACAGCAAAAUGUCGUUCAUCAUGUUGACAAACAGAUGUUAUUUCUUUGCCAUGAUUGAAGUCUUUUUCAUUCCUCCAAAUAAUGCUUUCAUUUUGACAGUGUUACUAAAUGUUAACAGAUGAAUUCAUAGCUCAUUGAAAGAUACAGUAAAGUAUGAUAAUGUCAUUAUCAGCCAAAAACGUUGAAUCAAAGAUUUAUUUCCAGCUGUCUUAAAUAUAAUUCCAGUUGCCAAUUACCUUGAGUGUUACGAUAGAUUUCUCUGUGUAGAAAUGUCCCAAAUCUUUCAUGUUUACUGUUGGAUAGUUGUAUAGUGCUUUUUUUUAAUCAUCAUACAGUGUAAAUUAUAAUAAUCUUUUCACAUUAAUCUGUAGUGACGGUUCUCCAAAAGGAUCCUUAAAUUUGUAUGUAUUUGUUUGUAUUAAUUUAUUUCAUUUUGUAACAGUCAAUAGGUAUUUUUAUAUUUCGUAUAUGAUGUUACAGCAACAUGCACACGAAGAAAUAUGUUUACAGUUGCUCUUAACUAUUUAUUUGAAACACUAUGUGCUUUCUAAGUGUAAAUGUUGAUUUCAGAUUGGCCUCUACAUUUCAUCGAGUGAAACUGUCGUGAGAGGGAUGUUGUAAUUGAUGUGAUCGUUACAGCAUGUUAGAAACAUGGUUAUUAUAAAGGGAGCUGGCAGUAUACGACACGUCCUGUCACUGAGGGAUGAUGGUGUUGUGCUCAUGUGCUCAUGCAAAGCCACAUUACUUGUUUCAUGUCUCGUUCAUUCAUUUCCAUCAUUAAA